GGACGGAGAGAGCAGCGUCUUCUUCACAGAGACACCACCUGCAGAAUCACCAGAGAGCCUCCUGAGCAGCAGCCUUCAUCCUCCUCAUCCUCCAUCAGAGCUGCAGCAGAAUCACAAACAGCACAGGUUUCUGUCAGCUGAUUGGCCCUCUCCAACAUGCUCCGCCCUCUGCUCUGCCUGUGUGCUCUCAUUGCACUGACAGGUGCUCAGACAUUCAAUCAGUCUUCAGUGUUGGACAUCAGCUCAUGUCCCAUCACGUAUUAUGGACAGCAGUACGAGAAGCUCUAUGUGAACAUAACAUCUGGAAAUGUUACCGUCUGUUUCAACGGCUUUUUCAGUCCUGAAACUGGAGGCGACUGUUUUGUGCAGCGUUCACUGGGAGCAGAGAGUUUUUUUUUUUACAUAUCUUCAUAUCGUUAUUAUGUUAAUUGCUUCUUCUCGAUACAUUUCAAUGAUUUUGGUUUGGUUCAUUAUAUGUAUGGGACACAACGAUAUCUGUACGUGUAUAAUUACAUCUCUGAUCCACUGGUGUUUGAGCUUCAGGUCGGUGGAAUCACAGUUGAUACAGUGAAUGCUACUUAUACAUAUAGACCUUAUUACUUCAGUUUUAGUGGAUGCAGACACUCAGGUCAGAUGUAUCGACCUGGUACAGUGAUCAGCUCUGAUCCAGAAACCUGCUUAAAUCUCACCUGUAAUGAGACUUCAGUCCUCCACACCUCCAGCUGUGGUCCACUGGAGCGUUGUCAAGGCAACAACAUCUGUGUGUUGGCCUCCACCUGCACUGUGACCGGCCCCACUAUCAUCGACGUCCACGGCCAGAUUAACUCCAUCCAGGAUCGGUGUGCGUACUCUCUGUUCUCGACUCCGUCACUCCCAGACUUCCUUGUUCUGGGAAACUUUGAGGACCGCCAUCGUAAAGAUGUGAGCUUUUUGGACAGUGUGACGCUGCGUGUGGACGGGCAUGACAUUCACCUGGAACAAGGUGGGAGAGUUCAGCUGGACGACUCCACACUGACCCUCAGCAGCUCAUCUCAGCUGGUUCAUGGUGUGCAGCUCUCUAAGGACCAAACUGGAGUCACUGCCAAGCUGUCGCUCUCCAACCUCAACAUCUCUGUCUUCUUUGAUGGCGACACCGCACAGAUCCACUUAGAAAGACCUGCUGGUUCAUCUGUGGAGGGUCUGUGUGGAAACUCCAGCAGCUCUCUGAGUGACCUGAGGCUCUCUGAGUACAGCUCCACCAGGUAAGACCUCAUCACAAGCUCACAGUCCCUCUGACUGCUGCUGCUGAUGUUGCAGAUACAGUGGAACCCUGACUUAUGAAUACCCCGUUAAAUGAAAAAUUCAAGUUACAAAGGCACUGAACGGCAAUAUUUCUGCCUGUGUUAUACAGCAAAAUGCCCGUGUUACGAAAUCCGCUGGCUCUUUUCGGCUGAGCCCAGAAUGUCCACAAUCCGAAUUAUGUGCCAACCCCCCUGGCUUUCAUACUGGGUUGUUGUUGCAGUUAGCAAUUAGCCAAUAGCUUAUUGUUCAUUCAUAAUGAGGCCUGCAAGCGAUUUGAGUGAAAAGAGGAAGCGUAAAUUGCUCUCGAUGACAACAAAGAGAGAAAGUAUUGAUAAAUAUGAGUGAGGUGCAUAGCAAAUGCCCGGUGGGCCGAUGGUAAUUUUUCGUUUUUAUGGGCCGAUUUUUAUUUAUUUAUUUCUUUGGUACGGUAUAAAAAAUGAAAGGUGGUGGAUUGGCCAGAUGCUGGCAGAUGCGUAAAAAUAACUCAAUUGUUUGGUAGUGGCUAUGGCGUAGCUUUCACAGAUUCAGUAAAAUUAGCAAGUGGUGGAGGCCAGCAGGUGGAUGAGGGAGAUUGGAGGCAGGAGGAGGAUAGACCCGAGGCGGCCGUCGGUGUUCCAGCCAAAUGUGUCAUCUGUGACACUUGUGAGGUUGUCUCAAACACACUCCAUCAGUCUUGAUGCCAUUGAACAACAAAAUGUUUAAAAAUGUGGCGAGUGUACCUGGUGAUAUCCUCAUGCGCGACGCAAUCGCGAAAACAGCAAACAAGUAACACCACGCCGAUGCUGUUCACAGGACAGCAAGAGUAAACAAUCAGGAGACUCUUGCCAUCGUUAUCGUUCCCCUCCUACAUUUUAUUUCUCCAAUUUCUCCGUUUUUGCUUCACAACUAAAGCGUGCAGUUUACUUUCUGUGCACUAACAUGGACUCGAAUCAACCAGCGCCGCCUCUGGCCAAGUGCCACAGCCUACAGCCAGAUCUUGUGACACACAUCUGCACCACGUUUGAAUUCGUUUCAUGCACAUUUGUACCUUUAAAUUGUGUCUGUUUGUGCAUCAUGCAAAUAAACCUUUGAAAUGAAUGAAAUGAUAUCAUGUAUUUAUUAUUCGCCAAUAUUUGUACAAAAUUGAACAUUAUAUACACAAAGUCAUAGAAAUCACCACCCCCUGUUUAUCAUGAUUUUAAUAUUUUUGCCCAUAAGAAAAACGUCUUGAACAAAUAUAUGACACACUUAUAUUUCAUUAGUGUUGUAACAUCACAUGUUGUUAACGUAGUCUACCUGUGUCUUUUCUCUGCAAACGAACAUUUUAGAGUUGGUUGUUAUAUACAGUCUGUAUAAGUGUGGUUAAUCUAAUAAACAUUUGUAAGGAGAUGGCAGUUACUGUGAAUGUACAGCAGUUACACAGUGAUUAGUAAUAAACAGCCAGACAAUGACUGACAAUCUCAUUCAAUCUUGCAAAUUGUACCUUCUGUGGAAAGUGGUACCACACAGUGUGUGUGGACUUCCCCUGUGCAGAAGGCGACUACAAAUGUUGUGGGUGCUAAAUAAACAGAAACAAAU